GAGAGAGAUAGAGAGAGAAAAUGGCGGCGGUGGUGUCACCAUUAGCAAAAUACAAGCUCGUGUUUCUGGGCGAUCAGUCGGUUGGGAAAACCAGCAUCAUCACCCGUUUCAUGUACGAUAAAUUCGAUACAACCUAUCAGGCUACAAUCGGCAUAGAUUUCUUGUCCAAAACAAUGUACCUAGAAGAUCGAACGGUUCGCUUACAGCUUUGGGAUACUGCUGGACAAGAAAGAUUUAGAAGUCUAAUUCCGAGCUACAUUAGAGAUUCUUCUGUGGCAGUGAUUGCCUACGACGUUGCUAACAGACAGUCAUUUUUGAACACUUCAAAGUGGAUUGAGGAAGUAAGAACAGAACGUGGUGGUGAUGUGAUCAUCGUUCUUGUCGGAAAUAAAACUGAUCUUGUCGACAAACGGCAAGUUUCCAUUGAAGAAGGCGAUAUCAAGGCUCGUGAAUUCGGAGUCAUGUUCGUAGAAACGAGUGCUAAAGCCGGUUUCAAUAUAAAGCCACUAUUCCGGAAGAUAGCUGCAGCGCUGCCGGGGAUGGAGGCCCUCUCCUCCGCAAAGCACGAUGAUAUGGUCGACGUGAACUUGAAGCCAACCACAAACGGGAACCAGAAUGAGCAGCAAGGCGGAGGCUGCGCAUGCUGAAAAUGGAGAAAGUUAGGAGUCUAAAUGCAUUGGAACUCUUCAAUGUUUGUUGUCUAGGGUAAUCCUCAUUGAGGAUACAGAGUUCUGCAGUGAUGAAACAGAACAGGUUUAUAUAUAUAUUGCUCGUACCGUGGUGUAAAACCAAACCAAGCACUUCAAAUUCAUAUAUAACUGAAGAUCCUACAUAUAGGAAACUGUUUCAUCUA